AUGGAAGAAUCUGUGCAAGAGGCAGUGGUGGAUCCUUCCCCUGAUUUGAAUUCCACCACCAUAAAUGUUACUGAAGGAAGCACUGACCUCAGAUUUUCCUGGAACGUUGAACCAUAUUGUAAAAUUUCAUAUACCAUUAGUUGUACUAAUGGAAUUGCACGUUCAUGGAAUAUUACUCCAGCUCAAGAGCCAUCGAAUGAUAAGACUUGUACUACGAAUCAAUUGAGAGAUGCAGGACAGUCGCAACCAUCUGAAAUUAAUUGCACUGUGUAUAACCUAAAAUCAUAUACAAACUACACAUGUAAUUGGAAUGCAUUCUUUGAAAAUGUUACCAUUAAAGCUGAAACGAAAAAUGCAACAACAGAUGUUGGAGUGCCCGAAGAACCUUGGGGUUUUGAACCAACCCCACACCAGAAAAAUAUUACAGUAACUUGGAAAAAGCCCAAUGUCACACAGGGGCCAAUAGAUGGCUACAUUGUAUACUGGAAGAAAAUUAAUUCAUCUCAGGAAGAUCAUAGAAGAGACAUCAAACCUACAGAAACCUUUACAGUAGAAAAUCUUAGUCCUUAUACAACGUACACCAUAUCUGUUGCAGCAUAUAACAAUUUGAAGAAUGGAACUAUGCAGCAUGGGAAAAAUAAAACGGAAUCAUUUAUGACUAAAUCUGCUGCACCACAGCAAGUUAAAGAAAUAAAAUCAAUUUUCCUAACCAAAAAUGAAGUUCUUAUUACAUGUGAAAGAGGUGAAAUUAAUGGCCCAAAGAAUGACUUCAUUUUGGAAGAAAAAUCACUGCUGAAAAAUAGCAUGACAAAUAUGACUCACUGCUUCUUUCAUCUUUCUAAUCUUCAUUAUCUAUCAACAUAUAACAUUGAGAUUUUUGUCUACAAUGGUGAGCAUGCUGGACCUAGAAAAGGACAUCAUUUUUCUACUGGAUAUAAUGAUAAAGCCUUAAUUGGAUUUCUGGUAUUCCUUAUUAUUGUGACAUCAAUAGCCUUACUAAUUGUGCUGUAUAAAAUUUACUUACUACAGAGAAAGGCAUCAGGGAGUUCAGAUGAAUCCUUAGAACUGAUUGACAGGGAUGAUGAGAAGCAGCUUAUGAAUAUUGAUCCAAUCUCUUGUGAACGCUUGUUGGAAGCCUACAGGAAUAAAAUUGCUGAUGAAGGUAGACUGUUUUUGGCAGAAUUUCAGAGUAUUCCAAGAAUCUUUAGUAAAUUUUCUGCAAAGGAGGCCCGUAAACCUUACAACCAGGCCAAAAAUCGAUACGUGGAUAUUCUUCCAUAUGACAUCAAUCGAGUCCAGCUGACUCAGGUAUCUGGAGAUCCAGGUUCAGACUACAUCAAUGCCAGCCAUAUAGAUGGAUUCAAGGAACCUAGAAAAUACAUUGCAGCACAAGGUCCAAAGGAUGAAACUGUCGAUGAUUUCUGGAAAAUGAUUUGGGAGCAACAGUCAACUAUCAUUGUCAUGGUAACUCGAUGUGAGGAAGGAAACAGGAAUAAAUGUGCUGAGUACUGGCCAACACUUGAGAAAGGGACAAAAACCUUUGGAGAUAUUCUUGUGACCAUAUCUGAAGAAAAGAGAUGCCCUGAUUAUAUUAUCCGAAAACUUCAUGUUACAAAUAAAAAAGAGAAGUCUGCAGAAAGAGAAGUGAAUCAUAUUCAGUUUACCAGCUGGCCAGAUCAUGGAGUUCCAGAUGAUCCUCACCUUCUGCUUAAGUUACGAAGAAGGGUUAAUGGAUUCAGCAGCUUGUUUUCUGGGCCAAUAGUUGUCCACUGCAGUGCUGGUGUUGGGCGAACAGGCACCUAUAUUGGAAUUGAUGCAAUGAUGGAGAGUCUGGAAGCAGAAGGCAGAAUUGAUGUUUAUGGUUACGUGGUAAAGUUGCGCCGUCAGCGCUGCCUUAUGGUACAAGUGGAGGCCCAAUACAUUCUCAUUCAUCAAGCACUGCUGGAACACAACCAGUUUGGUGAAACAGAGGUCCCACUCAAUGAACUUUCUACUGAGCUUCCCGCAAUGCUGGCGCAAGACCCACCUACAGAUCCAUCUGUGAUAGAAGCAGAAUACCAGAGACUCCCAACGUAUAAAAACUGGAGAUCACAAAAUGCAGGGCGUGACAAAGAAAAUGAAAGCAAAAACCGUUAUGCUCAUAUCAUUCCAUAUGACUACAAUAGAGUACUAAUAAAAACUGAUGAUGAAAAAAGUAAAGAAAGUGAACAGGACAACGAGAAUGAAUCUGAUGAGUCUUCAGAUGAAGACAGUGACAAUGAAGAUACCAAAUACAUUAAUGCAUCGUUCAUGAAUGGUUACUGGGGCCCAAGAGCAGUAAUUGCAACACAAGGCCCUUUGCAAGAAACAGUGGCAGACUUCUGGCUGAUGUUAUAUCAGAGAAAAACAAAAGCUAUUGUAAUGCUGACUGAAUGUACAGAAGGAGAAGAGAAUUUCUCUAUACAGUACUGGACAGACGAAAAUAAGAAAAAACAAACUUAUGGAGAUAUUGAAGUAAACUUCUGUGAGAUAGAGGAAUCACCUGGCUUCACAAUUCGAACAAUGGAAAUAAGACACACUAAGAGGAAGGAGGCACGGAAAAUAUAUCAUUACCACUACCACACAUGGUGUGGAAAGGAGUUCCCAGAUGAUCCAGAAAACUUAAUAAGCAUGAUAAGAAGUGUAAAACAGAAAAUUCAGCACAAAGUACCUGUGGAAGAAGGAGCUUAUGAGAAGUCUAUACCUGUACUCAUCCACUGCAGUGAUGGUUCAACACGAACAGGAAUUGCUUGUGCCUUGUGGAACCUUCUGGACUGUGCAGACACAGAAAAAGUUGUGGAUAUAUUCCAGACCGUGAAGACUCUUCGUAGGGAAAGAAUAGGAUUAUUUAGUUCUUUUGAGCAUUACAAGUUUUUGUACGAGAUCAUUGCCAAAACAUAUCCUGCACAGAAUGGUGAUGUUAAGACAGUUAACAGGCCACAAUCUACUACUGUUGAAGUUAUUAAUGAAAAUAAUAAGCAAGAACUGUCAGCUACAGCUGUUGACAAUGGUCCAAAUAUUACAAAUCCAAAUACUGAUGAAAAUAAGUCAUCUGCUUCUACUGAAGAGACAUCAGAAACUAAAAGCAGUACAAACGAAAAAACAGAACAAACAGAAACUUCUGCUAAUGGACCUACAUCUUAAGAGCCAUAGAGAAUGCUUCAAGCAACAAAGUGUAAUGGAUUCAUAUUGUGUGCAAAAUGACACCAUUAAUUAAUUGCAUCUUUCUUUUCUUUUAAUCUGAAUUAUUUUUUCACAAUAAAGGACAUCUUUGGCCAUUAAAUGAUGCAAGCUUAAUACUUGAAGAUAAGAAUGAAUGUAACAUAGGGGAGUUUUGACAGUAAUUAAUAAGUUAUUUGCUUUUGUUGCAUUCCAAAUAAUGAUAGGAAUCAUGUUUAAAAUUACUAUUUGUAUAUGCCAUUCUACCUUUAUUUUCAUCACCUGGUGUAUUUUUGUAUGUUGUUAGCUAUAAUUUGUGUUUCAAAGUGAACAAUAUUGUUGCUGCAUUACCUGCCACAUUUACAUGUCCAUAGUGUGUCUUUUUGCCUUCAGUUUACCCUUAUUUUUAUGUCUAUGCAUUUACAGAAAGAUGCAAAACUUCUCUUUUCUUAGCAGUCACUAGAUUAUGCAUUUGGUAGUGACAGUGUGCAUAUAUUAGAAUAUAUGUAAUGAUAUUCAAAGGCCAUAGUGUUUGACUAUAAUAAAAUAUUUAAAAUAUGGAUUCACAGAUGCACAUAGUAGGUAAAAUUGUUCAUGUAGGAUUGAGUGGUACUUACAUAUUAUCGCAACUACAUUGCAACCAGAUUCCAGACAGGAGAAGCUGAUCAUUUCCAAGCCCUUUUCCUGCCAGAAUGUGUCAUAUAUAACAAGGUCUGGAAACCAAGUUGAGAUGUAAAUGUGUGAAAUAACUUACUUUCUUCAGAAAAGUAAACUGGCCACCUCCCGGCAAACUUUUGAUGUCUCUGGGAUUUUAGAUACAAUUACUGGUCUUCAGUGAAUGCAUGCGAAUACAAAACACAUGGUUUUGUUCACUUUCUAAGUGAAGAACUGUCAUUUUUAUAAGUCAUCCAUUGAUUUUAACUGCACAUAUAUAACUGAAACACCUUGCGGCAAGCCACCCAAUGUGAAAAUUUACUUUCUUUUUUCACACAAAAAACUAGGGCCCGCAUGUCAUACCUUUCAAGUCUCUGGGAUUUUGCAUUGCUCUUCACAGAAUAUUUUAAUUUUGUAAGUGAAGUACUGUAAUAAUUCCAAAUCGUGGAAGUGCACAUAUUUUACUGAAAGCCGUUGAACCAAGUCACCCCAUUUUAGAAACUGUCCCUCGGGUUUUUUCUGUCGGGAUGUGCAAAUGCAUAGAGCAUGACCCUUUGGGCUGUGGUUCCCCACGUAAUGCCCUCGGGCAUACGUUGAAGCAUUUUAACGAAAUUCCUUUUCGGUGUUGUGCUUUUAAUAUUUAUUUUGAAAUGUUUUAUAAUAUACAUUUGAAUGUAUUUGGACCAGAAACUGUACUGCUCAUGAUGAAACUGGCCUGGAAAGACAUACUUGGAAUCUGGUUGCGAUAAUAAGUAAGUACCGAUUAUGUUUUUAAAAGUGGUAUAUCUUCAAAGUAACACGGUUGCUUACAAUUUCUUAUCCUACUGAGUCAUACUUUGAAGGCAGAAGCAGAUUCAUUAUUAUAGCAAAUUGCUGGAAAAUUAAAACCCACAAAGUGCUAAUGAAUGAAUCAUAUUGCUCUGUGUGUCAAAAUUAUUUUUGAUUUCUAAAAUCAUAUAGUAUAAAAAAUUAAAUUAACUCUGAAUUUGGCUCUUAUAUGCAGUACUAUUAUCCCUUUACUUAUUGGGAAAAUAGAUGUACAAUAUUGCACUGUUAAUAAGCUUAAUAUAAAUCCCAAUUCAGUAGACUAGGAGCCAGAUUCCAAAAGAGUUACUCUCAGUAUAAGUGACUUACUUUGUGUAAGGCCUAUGUAUAAACAAGCUCACACUGGGGACAGAUUCCAAAAGACCUGCUGUCAGCCUGCUUUCAGUGUAAGUGGUCACUACACUGAGACCAAGUCAUUUGGAACUGGGCUUAGGUCUUUUCUAUGGUUAAAAAACACAUAAAUGUUUACUCUGAAGAGAAAUGUAAGCCAAAUGUAGAAUGACUGGCAUGCUGGCUAUUGAUGUACUUUUGACGGUUGCAGUAAAAAGAUAAAUUCCUUAUUUUACAUUGUUCUUAUUUUAGAAAAUCUUGGCUUACAAAUAUGUCAAUUCACAGACAAAAAGUGCUUUAGUGAUAGGUGACAUCUGUACAGCAAUGUUUAGGCUAUUCAAAAUACUGCUUUCAUUAUACCAGAGAAUUGUAAUAACAAAAAAGUGUAUAUUAUUAAAAAUGUUUGUUUCAGUAUUGAAAACUUACAAAGUAUUUCAGUUUAUUUUACAUACCAAAUGAAGAAAUGUGAACAAGACUUAUGAAACUGAUCUCAGUACUGUACAUAGGACUAGUCUUAAAACUAUAAAUUAUAAAAAAGUUUAUCUUGUAAACAUUCUUUUGCAGAAAGUGUCACAGAAUGUAGAGAUAUUUUCAGAUAUAGGAAUAUAUUUUGAUGUUUCAAUUUAUAAUUUUCCUUUCUCUAGAGCUCCUUAGAUGUUAACAAAUUAGUAGAUUUGAAUGUUUCUUAAAACUGUGCUUUGUUCUGAAAAUAAAAUACUGUACAUUUCCCAUCA